AUGACCGACGGGAAUGGAGCUGGGCCACAUCCGCUAGCAAGCCCAGCACUUAGCCCUGUCCACAGCCCAACCGGCAGCGCCGGUCCAACAGAUGGUGAGACUCGUCUUUUGGAGAUUCUUGCAGGAAUGCAGCAGAACCAGCAAGUGUUGACCGAGCUUCUGAGGAGCCAGUCUGAAUCCCGCGCCGCAGCAGCCGCUGCGACCACAUCCUACUCAGGUCUAGCGGCCAAAGACCUGAGCAAGGUGUUGAGGCAUCCUUCAACCUUUUCUUGUCAGACCCGAGAUGAGGAGCUGAUCAAGUGGCCAGCAUGGUCUUGGGAGUUUGAGCAGUAUUUGGGAACCUUAGAUAAGGAGUUUCAGGUGGACUUCACUCGCUUGAAAUCGAACCCGAAAACUGAAGUUCUCCCUGCACAGCUGAGCGCCACUGAGCUCGACAGGUCACGCAUCAUGUAUGGCCUGCUUGCAUCGCUUUUGAACGACCGUCUGAAGCGUCUUCUUAAGACUGUGUCUGACAAUAACGGGUACGAAGCAUACCGCUUGAUCUCGCUUGACCUUCGCCCUUCAUCCCGCACCAGAGCCUUGGCCCUCAUGCAGACAAUCCACAAUUGGCCUGUGUUCGACAACAAGCAAGGCCUCCUGACUCAAGUUGUUAGGCUUGAGCAGGCGAUGGCAGAGUAUGACUCGAUUGCAUCGCAGGCCAUGUCCGAUGAUCAGAAGGUUGUUUCGCUUCUGAGAUGUUUAACAGGCCAACUUCGUCAGCAUGUGAACUUGACCAUGGAAGACUCCUGGACAUAUGCCGAGUUGCGAAGUUUGGUUGCUCGAUAUGAUGCUUCUUCGUCAAAGUGGAGUGCGUCUGUUGCAGCGACUUAUGGCCUGUCAGAGGGCAAAGGUGGUGUGCUUGUGAAUGCGCCUGCAGCAUCCAGUGAAGCCGUUCCAAUGGAAAUCGACCGUCUUCAAAAGGAGAUUGAUAGGCUAAGCAAAGGCAAGACUAAGAAGGGUGAUAAGGGAGAUAAAGGUGGUAAAAAAGGCAGAUAUGACAAGGGUAAGAAGGGUAAGGGUGAUGGUAAGAAAGGGGAUGGUAAGUCCAGGCCUCCGCCCAGCACAAACCCUAACCCUGCCGCAAACAAAACUUGUCAUAAUUGUGGCCGAAAGGGUCACUUUGCCCGAGACUGCCGAUCCAAGCGAGUCAGACAGGUUGAAGACGCCGCUGUUGCUGACAGCAGCGCUGCACAUGCUGACACAGCCGUGUCAGCUGCCCCUGCCAAGGCGAAACCUGCUGCAAAGCCCCAGGUGAGACGAGUCACCUACAACCUCGAUGACUUUGAUGAGUCAGCCGGAGGUGAGAUCCGCAUGGUGUCAGGUUGUGAUUCUUGUGUGGAGAGCCAAGACAAAGUAGACAGGCAAAGCAAGGAAGCUUCGGGUUUCUUUUGCAAGGCACUGAGCAUCUUUUCACGUUGUGUGCCAUCGAGGUGGUGCGUUUUCCACAAUGCAUUGCCGAGUGAUGCACAGAGCGAGGCUGAGCACGCUUCGGGCGUGUGUCAGCGUGAUGUGGCUGAGCACGCUUCGGGCGUGUGUCAGCGUGAUGUGGUUGAGCACACUUCGGGUGUGACCUCGACCAGUGGAUCAGUGCGCAUGGUCCAGCAGAAUGCCGAGCAUGGCAUGGAGAUCGAAGUCAUAAUUGACUCAGGUGCUGACGCCUCUUGUCUACCGCAAAACCUCAGCAUGCUUGGAGUUUCCUCUGGAAGGCCAUGGGAAGGUUUUCAAGAUGCCCAGGGGAAUCAGCUGCUAGUUCACGGGACUAGGCGAGCUGAGCUGAGCUUCGGUGAUCAGCCUGGAUUCACCGAAACGUUCUUGGUUGCUCCCCACAUCACCACACCUCUUCUUGCAGUUGGGAAGUUGUACCGUACUGAAAGGGCUCUGGAGAGGGCGCAGUGGGCGCGCCAUGAAGGGGCCCAGGGACGCCACAUGGACAGGGGUGGGCGCGCCAUGAAGGGGCCCCGAAAGGGCUCUGGAGAGCUCUGGAGAGGGCGGCACAUGGAGAGGGCUUGGAGUGGGCGCGCCAUGCAGGGGCCCGAAAGGGCUCACGUGGAGAGGGCUUGGAGUGGGCGCGCCAUGAAGGCAGCCGGCCCUCUGGCCCGGUCCACGGGUGAAGUCGGGGGAGUUUUGCCUUCUUCUGCAGAGGCCUUAGCCUCUUCUUUUCUUCAACAAAGAACACCUUUGAGCCGUCAGCAAGCUUGUGAAGUUUUCGACCGGCUUCCCGCCCUAAAGUCCCGCCGCUCCGCUAAGACCGGGCCGGGGAAGACAUUUGUGGUGGGGGCUUAUGUGUUUUCCAACAACGUGGGCCUCACGGCUUCUUUCAGAGACUAUCCUCAGUCGGCCCGUGUUUUCACCGCGCUGGUGCGCCAUUUCGCACCCCUGCAUACUUUUAGCUCCAUCGCCAUUUUUCAGAACCUUGAAGCACCUGUGCAUCAAGAUGUGCAUAAUGCGGAGGGCAGUUUGAAUUUCCUCAUCGCUCUCUCAGACUUUCAGGAUGGCGCCAUCGUCGUCGAGGACCCUGAUGGCCCGGAGUGGGCGCGCCAUGAAGGGGCCCCGAAAGGGCUCUGGAGAGCGCCACACAUGGAGAGGGCUUGGAGUGGAAAGGGCUGUGGAGAGCGCCACAUGGAGAGGGCUUGGAGUGGGCGCGCCAUGAAGGGGCCCCGAAAGGGCUCUGGAGAGGGCGGCACAUGCAGAGGGCUUGGAGUGGGCGCACCAUGA